AUGACAACAAUUUCAAUCAAAAUCAAACACGGAACAGAUCAGAUAGAAGUUAUUGAAAUCGACCCAAAUGCCACAGUGAAGGAAUUAAAGGAAAAACUUGCUCCAAAGUUUACCGCAGAAAUCUCUUAAAUGAAGAUUAUAUUUUAAGGUAAAAUUCUUAAAGACAAUGAUGUUCUCUAAAAUGUGAAUGUAAAGACUGAUUCAACAAUGCAUCUAGUUGUUACAAAAUAAUAAGCUUAAUAACCACCUUAAUAAUAACCCCCAGGUCCAUAAUAACAAUAACCCUAAUAACCUUUAGGAGGAUAAUAAGGUGGAUUUCCAGGUUUGGGAGGACUAGGAGGUGCUCCUGGAAUGGGAGGCAUGGGAGGCCUCGGCGGAAUGGGAGGCCUUGGUGGAAUGGGCGGACUCGGAGGAAUGGGUGGACUCGGAGCAAUGGGUGGAUUAGGAAUGGAUCCAUAGAUGAUGGCCUAGGUCUUAUCCAAUCCAAUGUACUAGUAAUAAAUGACAUAAAUGAUGUAAAAUCCACAAUUUAGAUAGCAAAUGAUGCAACACCCAAUGAUUGCCUAAAUGAUGUAGGCUAACCCACAACUUUAAUAAAUAUUUGAUAAUCCUUAGCUUUUGUAGAUGAUGAUGAAUCCUCAAGCAAUUUAAAUGGCUCUAUCAGGAAUGGGCGGAAUGGGAGGCUUUGGUGGAAUGGGAGGUUUUGGCGGUAUGGGAGGCUUUGGCGGAGUUGGAGAGAAUCCUAUUCCUCCAAACCCUAAUAAUGCAUAAGUACCACCUCCUGUCUAAGGAACAACUGGUUAAAAUGCUUAAAAUCCCUUAGGAGGUAUAGAUUUACAAAGUCUAAUGAACAUGAUGGGAGGAGGCGUCGGAGGAGUUGGCGGUGCCUAAUUAACACCUGAAGCUGCAGAGUAGAAAUAUGCAGCUUAAUUAUAAUAAUUACAAGAAUUGGGAUUUACUAACAAAUAAGUGAAUUUAGAAGCUUUGAUUGCCACUGGGGGAAAUGUAGAAGCUGCAGUUGAUAGAAUCUUAAAUAUGAUCGGACCAUGAUAUAUUAUUAUUAGACAUUCAUAAUCAAAUUUUUAUGUAUUCUAUAAAAA